CUGAUGGUUUUACAUCCCUUGAACAUAGCUGCUUAGUAAGCUAGCUACAAGGUGGAGCGACUUUUCAGUGGAGAUCGUAUGUUUGGCCGCUCUGUGCAGUAUUACGUUUGCACCUGGGUGAUUGGACUUUUAAAGUUGAUUAAACUUACAGUAAAGACCUGGGUUUGAAUCCAGCCCGGGACAUUAGAGUGACAUAUCAGCAAAGGAGACAACAUACACAGCAAAACACAAACCUAAAGGUCCAUAAAACCACAUUCGAUUAGCAGUUAAUCUCUGAAAGGGUCAUUGAAACCUCACCCACUUUUGGCCGCAGUAUAAGAAUAAACAAGUUUACAACAACCUGAUGACGAAUAGUUAUAAAACAUCAAGCCUUCCCCUGCAGGCUCUCAGAGAGCUUCUCCCCACCCUGCCACAAGACACAGCCAUGGCUCUGAGAGCAGUCACCCUGCUGGGUUUCUCACUGCUCCACCUCUGCUGCCCUCACCCCCUCAGCCGUCCAGACAGCAGCCUCAACAAGUGCCGCUCCGCCGCCAAGUCACUUCCGGCCCUGGAGGUGCUGCCUGGAGGGGGCUGGGACAACCUGAGGAACGUGGACAUGGGCCGGGUCAUGAACCUCAGCUUCUCCCCGUGCCUCACCACCGAGGAUGGCCUCUACCUCAUCCCAGACGAGGUCUUCGUCAUCCCCCAGAAGGUGACUGGAGUGGAGACCAACUCUGAGAUCAUCAGUUCCUGGUUGGAUCAGAGAAGCUCCACAUCUUCGUCCAUCAACGCAGACAUCUCUUUCUUCUCAGUCUUAAACGCAAAGUUUUCCACUGAGAACCAGAGGAUGAAGACCCACCAAGUCAGAGAUACCUCUGUCACCACCAGAGUUCAGGUGCACAACUUCCUCUACACCGUCAAGGCUAACCCUGACUUCACCUUGGACUCCCGUUUCGCACGGCAAGCAGAGGAAAUCGCAAAUGCCAUCGAGAACAACCAGACUCGAUUGGCAACCUACCUCUCUGAGAGGAUGGUCCUGGACUUUGGCACCCAUGUGAUCACCAGUGUUGAUGCAGGGGCCUCCUUGGUGCAGGAGGACUAUCUGCGAUCCUCUUAUGUGUCCGACGGUAUAACAGACAAGUCCUCCAUCACGGCAUCCGCAGGCAUCAACUUCUUCAACAAGGUGAACUUUAACAUCAGCAGCAAAGACGCCCAUGAGACGUCAGAAACCAAGGGUUACCAGGACAACGUCACCUACUCUAUCGUACAGAGCCAUGGAGGAGUGCCCUUCUACCCUGGCAUCACCCUGCAGAAGUGGCAGGAGAGCACCUCAAACAACUUGGUGGCCAUCGACCGGUCAGGCCUGCCGCUUCACUACUUCAUAAACCACAACACCUUCCCUGACCUUCCACGCCCCACCGUCGACAAGCUGGCAAUGUCGGUGAGCCAGGCCAUAGGACGCUACUACGCCAUUAACACUCACCCUGGAUGUGUGAAAGCAGAUUCACAGAACUUCAACUUCCAGGCCAACGUAGACGAUGGGUCCUGUGAAGGCUCAGCCACCAACCUCAGUUUUGGAGGUGUGUUCCAGCAGUGUACCAAGCUCACCCCCGAUGCAGACCCGAUAUGUCAGGCCUGGGACCAGAAGAACCCAGAUACAGGGGACUAUUCCUGCCGUCCACCCUACCAACCCACCCUGCUACGCUCUGAGGUCAGAGACGAGCACUACAGCCAGCAUGUCUGCUAUCAAUCCUGCCGUAAAUGUGGUUGGUUUUGGCUCAAGCAGUGCUGUGAUCAAAUUUGUGGAGACGAGUACCAUGUCCGAUCAGCUGACAUAAAAUCCUUCUGGUGCUCCUCCAACGAGACAAUCCCAAUUGAAACGGGUUAUCUCUUUGGGGGCCUCUACGGCCCGUCCCUCCACUUCAUCCCACUGAAGAUGCUUUACGGUGGCCUGAUGAUCUGUGUGAGUAUCGACUACGAGACUGGCUCCCGGUUCUCCGUGCCCUUCGGCGGUCUGUUCAGCUGCGAGUUCACCAACCCCCUGGCUGGGGGCCAGCCUCGCUGCCCUCCCCAGUUCAGCCAGCACCUCGCUACCGUCAGCGACGGCUGUCAGAUCCUCUACUGUGUCCAGUCUGGUCUGUUCACAGGUGGGCAGCUGCUGCCAGUCCGUCUGCCACCCUUCACCCGUCCUCCGCUGGUCAGCAUGAAGGCCAACAACACAGUGGCGGUGAUGACCGACGGAGGCCGAGCCUGGGUCAGAGCUGGAGAGACCAAGAUGUGGAAGAUGGUCAAACCAGAGAAGGUCCAGGAAACGGUCAGGAUGUUCAGCCCUGAGUCAGACCAGCUGUCAGGGGGACAGAAGUUUGGCGUGGCCUUCGGAGUCAUCGUUCUGGUGGUGCUGGUGGUUGUUGGGGUGGUGCUGGUUAGGAGGAGAAGGAGGUGGGGGAGGAGGGGGGGCUUCCAGAGCUAAUGAGGGCCAGGGGAUACGAGGAGAUCAACAUCAAUUAGUGAGAGAGGAGAAGUGGACCCUAACUGCACUUUAUAUUUAUUGUCUUGUUUGCUUUUCAUUCGUAAACGCUCUUGGCCUUGAGGAAUUAUUACAGCAUGUCUCAAAAUGCAAUUAAUUCAUUUAACUAACUAAUACCUGUUUCCAUAUAAGGUUUUUGAACUUCUUGACAGAUUUGCAAUCUACGUUCUUUAUUGUUGACCUAAAUAAAUGUGUCAAAAGAAAAUGCUAGUAUUCCUUUUUGCAUUAAUAGAACCAUCACUUCUGUUGAAGCCAAUAGCAGACAAUGUAACCGACAGCAGGGUUUGUUUUGAUUAUCUGGGUCACACACACACGUACGCACACGUACGGACAGACCCCACUUCCUGUAAAGAGGCAUUCGUUUACCCUGUUUCUCCUAAGAACACGACCCUCCCCCCACACACACACGCCCCAGAGGUGGAGUCAUACAGUCAUCAUCACAACAAACCCACUCAGCUGAAGAAAUCUGUCUGACCUCAACAGGAGACCGGGGGCCAGAGGCAGGGAAACUCUCUCCCUCUCUUAAUCCCUCUCCCUCCCUCCCUCUCUCAUCUCUCUCCCUCUCCUAUCACACUCCUCUUUA